AUGUUGUGCUUCUGCUGCUUUGGACGCACGUGUCUCAUUCCAAACAACGGUUAUCUGUCCGUGGCGGCCGCAAGUCUUGUUGACGAAAAGCUCGAGCUUCACAUCGUUUCAAAAACCCGUGUCAUCAAGUUGGCCUCCUCAUCGUUUUUCUACAAGAGGCUUUGGACCUCAUAUGGUGGCAUUGAACAUUGGCCGAAAGAGGGAAGCUACCAGCUACCAGUUCCAGCGAAUGUGUGUCCUCGAUUAUGUCAUUCGAAAUACCGAUCGUCACAAGGACAAUUGGCUGAUCAAGCACGUUCCCGGUCAAACCAUCCGCUUGGCUGCCAUCGA